AUGGCUGACAUGGAAGAGGAGCUCAAGUGCCCGGUCUGUGGCUCUUUCUACCGAGACCCCAUCAUCCUGCCGUGCUCGCACAAUGUUUGCCUGCCCUGUGCCCGCACCAUCUUGGUGCAGACUCCCGAGGCGGAGCCGCCAUCUCCCCAGGCCCGGGCCCGGGGCUCGGCCUCGGACUAUGAUUACCUGGAGCUGGACAAGAUGAGCGUGUACAGCGAGGCGGACAGCGGCUAUGGUUCGUAUACGGGCAUCGCGCCGGCCACCCCCAGCCAGAAGUCUCCGAACGGCGUGCGGGUGUUCCCGCCUGCGCCGCUGCGCCACUCGAGCCUGACCUGCCCGCAGUGCCACCGCAGCGCUCUGCUGGAGGAGCGGGGACUCCGCGGCUUCGCCAGGAACCGCCUGCUGGAGGCCAUCGUCGGCCGCUACCAGCAAGGCCGCGCCGAGCACGCUCGCUGCCAGCUGUGCGAGCUAGGCUCGCAGGAGGCGGCCGUCCACUGCGAGCAGUGCGACGUGUUCUACUGCGAGCCGUGCCAGCGGCGCUGCCACCCAGCCCGAGGAGCCCUGGCCAAACAUCAGCUCAUCCCAGCCGGCCAGGCCCGUGCUCCCGCCCCCACCAAGAAACAACCGCUGCCCCGCAAGCUCUCCACCUGUACCGAGCACGAACUGGAGAACCACAGCAUGUACUGCGCCAGUUGCAAGAUCCCCGUGUGCUACCAGUGCCUGGACGAUGGGAAACACGGCAAGCAUGAAGUCAAGGCACUGGGAGCCAUGUGGAAACAACAUAAGGCUCAACUGUCUCAGGCAUUAAAUGGUGUGUCUGACAAAGCAAAGGAGGCCAAAGAGUUUUUGGUACAUUUGAAAAAUAUGGUCCAAUUAAUUCAGGAGAAUGGAGUGGAAGUUGAGGCGUGCCUUGUGGCACAGUGUGAUGCACUUGUUGAUGCAUUAAAUCGCCAGAAAGCCAAGUUACUUACUAGAGUUACCAAGGAGCGAGAAUUUAAACUAAAGGUUGUUCGUGAGCAGAUAAGCCACUGCACAUUGAAACUUCGCCAGACAACAGGUCUCAUGGAGUAUUGCCUAGAAGUAUUAAAAGAUAAUGAUCCCAGCGGAUUUCUACAGAUUUCAGAUGCUUUAAUCAAGCGUGUUCAAGUGUCUCAGGAGCAAUGGGUUAAAGGAGCUUUAGAAGCCAAAAUAAAUCCUGAAUUUGACCUGACUCUCGACAAUGGCCCAUUACUGCAGUCAAUUCACCAACUUGAUUUUAUUCAAAUGAAAAUGCCACCUGCACCAAUACUACAACUGGAGAAAUGUUGUACUAAUAACAACAUUGCUACACUUGCAUGGAAGGCACCUCCACUCAACCAGACUCAGAUCGAAGGCUACAUACUAGAACUUGAUGAUGGAAAUGGUGGGCACUUUCAGGAGGUGUAUGUUGGCAAAGAAACAGUGUGCACAGUAGAUGGACUUCAGUUCAACAGUGUCUACAAUGCAAGAGUAAAAGCCUUUAACUCAGCAGGUGUUGGACCUUACAGUAAAACGGUUGUGUUGCAGACAUCUGAGGUGGCUUGGUUUACCUUUGAUCCCAAUUCUGCCCAUCCAGAUAUCCUUCUGUCUAAUGAUAACCUGACUGUUACGUGUAAUAGCUACGAUGAUCGCGUUGUGCUAGGAUCUGUUGCAUUCUCCAAAGGAAUCCAUUACUGGGAACUGUCUAUUGAUCGCUAUGAUAACCACCCCGACCCUGCUUUUGGAGUGGCAAGAAUUAAUUUAGUAAAGGAUAUGAUGCUAGGCAAGGAUGAUAAGGCCUGGGCCAUGUAUGUUGACAACAACCGCAGUUGGUUUAUGCAUGGCAAUUCCCACACAAAUAGGACAGAAGGUGGGAUUUGUAAAGGUACAACAAUUGGAGUUCUCCUGGACCUAAGCAAGCAUAUCCUUUUAUUUUACAUCAACAAUGUUCAGCAAGGCCCUGUAGCCUUUGAAAAUUUGGAAGGCAUUUUUGUGCCUGCUAUCAGCAUUAAUAGGAAUGUCCAGGUAACGCUUCACACAGGACUGGAAGUUCCAAAUCAUAUCAAACAAGGAAAAUCUUCAUCAUCCUGCAGCCCCAACAGCAAGUCUAAAUAUUGA